ACAGUUAAUUCCUCAUGUAAAGACCUGGUGUAUGUCUGUAGUAUUAUAUACAUAGAAUGCUCAUUAAGAUGUUCACAUGUUCAAAGAGGAAAAUCUACUUAAAAGCAUUUUGUUAUAUUUAAGCUAAUCAGUUUCACAUGGAUAAUAAGAAGGAAAUAUACGGUGGAUUUAAAUUGUAAUAAGGAUAAGCGUAAAAGUAAAACAGCAGAAAGCAAGUGAAAUUUAUAUAGAGUUAUGAAACAGUGAACUUAUUUGCAGCUGUUGGUAGAGAAAUUCUGCAAAAAAUGGCUGAACCAGGAGCAGGGUUUGACUCCAAAGGACUGGGACUCAGUCUACAAAAAAAGCUUCUUGGAAAAAUGUCCAACAAAAAAAUUGCCAAACACUUCAUUGACGAUACAACAAGUGAAGUCUUGGACAAAGCAUUUCUUAUAAUUAAAGACUUCAAAAAUAAGGAAGAGGCUAAGAAGAUCAUGAAAUAUAUCAUUAAAACAGUUAUAAAAGUUGGUAUUCUAUACAGGAAUGAUCAAUUCAAUGCAGAGGAGUUAAAAACUGUGGAAACAUUUAAAUCUAAGUUUCAUUCACUAUCUAUGACUAUGGUGAGCUUCCAUGAAGUCGACUUUACAUACGAUAAAGCCUUCCUGAAAACCAGUUUAGAAGAAUGUAGACAGUUGCUACAAAGUGUGAUCAGUAGACAUCUAACAGACAAAUCGAAAGUACGCGCUGACGCAGUAUUCAACUUCUUCAACUGUGAGGAACUUAUGGAUCAGAUCUUUGAUUCGAGUGGAAAAUAUAGGGAUCAUAUGGAGGUUAUAGUACGGAACAUGCAUAAAAUGAUGGAUGAUGGAAAUCUUUGAUGAUCAGAAAUAGUUAUUUAUAUAUAGAUCUUAUGCAAUAACAUUUUAUGUAUGCAAUAUAUAUGUAAAGGAGGUAUUAUUUUCAAAACAUUCCAACCUUCAUUUAAGAUUGAGAUGUUAUCAUUUAACCCAUUCUUUGAUCCAUAUUGUAAAAUAUUAUGCAAGAUUUCAAAAUUAUUACAGCUUCGAAUUGUUUUGAUUUUCUUUUCCAACAAAUAAUUUUGUAUAAUAAUCUAUUUAUCCCAUUCAGUUCCUAAGAUCAACUAAUUUGGAUAUUUAGUUUUGGAGAGAAAAAAGUAUUAAAAGAAUCAAAAAUUUAGUAUUGUACCCAUGGGGAACAAACAACGGUCGAAAAGUUUAGAUCUUUUGCAUCUUUAAGUGGAACAGCCAUAUAUGAAGCAUUAAGCCAUUAUGAUUACUAACUAAUUGGUAUGAAGUAUUUUGCUUUCUAAUUGUUUAUAGCUGUUUGGACAAAGAAGUUAAAAUGUGCCUUAUAUCCAAGAGUGCCCUUUACAUUGUAAUUUCCAUUUUUGGAAAAACAAUGUUAGAUUUGUUAACAAUUUUUUAAAUGACUUACCAAGAUGAAAAUAAUGAAAUGGUCAUUGAGGUGUGACCCAUUGGUGGCCUUCAGCUGUUUUCUGCUGUUUGGUCGGGUUGUUGUCUCUUUGACACAUUCCCCAUUUCCAUUCUCAAUUUUAUUUUAUUUAUACUAAGAAAUAUGAUCAGUUUAAAUGAAUUUAACAGGAUUUAAAAUUUAAAAGCAUAGAAGAUUUUUAAGAAAUAAGAGUUAAGUACAUGAAGUACACAUUGUGAGAUGUGUUUUAUGAAAAAUUAGCAAUGGUAUGCAUUUCUAAAGAUGGACAGGUCUUGUCUGUCCAUUAUCUGUUCAGUUUUUACAGUUUUUUGAAGCAGUUAGUCAUAACCAGCUUUUUUCAUUGUCCAUUGCUUUCAAUCAACAUGGGAAACAUGCCUUUAUCCUGACACUUUUUACUGAAAACUGACAGAUUAAUGUGUUGUCAUAGGUGGUUUAUUGUGUGAAGUCAGUUCUAAAGGAGAUUUCUUAGAACACCUGUGGUGAAACACUGAACUAAGAUCAACUUUUUAGAGCAUCUUCAACACCAUCAACUGUGAUCAAGUAUUACCUUUCUAAAAAGCUUGUCUAACUCAAAAUCAUGUCUUUUUCAAUUUUUUUGUUAAAAUGAAAUGUUAUUAUUUCUGAACACUGAGUUUAAUGGACAAUAGAAGUAUUUGAAGGGGGAAAAUGUUACUAGCUUCGUUUUUUUUUUUUGUUUCAUAAAUUAUUCAAUAAUGUGAGCUAUAUUUUUCUAAAGAUUUAGAAAAAUUAGUUUUUACUGCAUUGUAAUGUCAUGACAUCAGACUUGUUCCAUAUGCUGUAAAUUUUAUAAAAAUGUGAGAGAUCUACCAUUAACAUACUUCAUCUUUUUUUUUUUAACAUAGGUCUAAUUUGCAUUCAAAUUGCAGGACUAUACAUAUACAAAGUUAGAAGUGGUUAAAUAAUUCAAGAUUUUUUAAUCCAUUUUAUUCAUCUUAAAAUCACAAUUAAGAUUAAUUAAUUGUUAAAAAAAUUUCAAGAACAACAGUUAUAUAUUUUUGACUCUUUACAAAUUUUAUAUAUUUUUGUAAACACUUGUUAAUUAAUAGGAAUAGAUUUUUAUGCCACUGCCAAAUAUUAAAUUGCAUUUUUUUUUAUUGUAAAAAAAUGUAGGUUCAAUAUACAUGAUAGAUAAAUUUCAGAAUUUGUUUGUUUCCUAUAAUUAUGUCAGAUAGUUCUUCCCAUAUAGCAUGUAUAGUUUUUAUAAUAAGAUUUCUAUGAAAUGAUUAAUCAUGUUUUUUGUAGAAACAAGUCCUCCAAUUUUUAUUGGCAAUGAAUGUAGUAAGCUAAAUGCUCACAUAUUGAACAAAAAAGUAAUGCUUGAAUUUACAUUAGGUAAAUGUGGUUAUGACAAAACUUCCUUUCAUUUAAAACAAUAAUUUAAAUUGCUUUUUAAACUUGUAUGCACACUUAUAUUUUACAUGUAUGGUAGAUGAUUGUAAAUAGAACAAAUCAUGUAUACAAUAGUGUGUAUAUAUAAUGGGAACCUGUUUUAAUCCAUUAGUAGUUUUAAGUUGAUUUUUGUGUCUAAAGGUAUUAUGGGCACAACCAGAGUAUAACAUUUAGGAGAUAACUGUAUUGUAUUUUAAGCUUGGUCUACGUAACAUAGGUUUUUCUGUAGAAAUUCAGUUUACCUAGGGACACAUAGUGGAGCUAGGUAAAUUGAUUUUUGUGUCAGUUAAACCAGGUUUAAUGUAGGCCAAGCUUAAAAUACUAUACAGUUAUCAAACACAAACACCUGACAUUUGUUGGCUUAAUGAAUGCUUCAGAACAAAAUAAAAUUUGCUGAAAAGGAUAAUUUCAGAUGAGUCAUCUACUUAUUUUGUUAUCACAUACCAUUAAAUUCUGGAAUUCAAAAUGGCAGCUCCCCUUAGUUACUGGUACAUUUGAAGACCAUGCAAUCUGCCGCUAAUCCCUCAAAAUUAACAAGGUCGUUCAAUCAAAUUCAUGAUUACAAAUUUUUUGCAUUGGAUUAAAAAUAAUGGCAGAAUUAUGUGAUAUUUUGAAAAAUGUAGUACAUGUAUAUCAUUCUGCUUCCAAGACUACACACUUUUGAGAAAAUUCAAGGGGAAAUUGAUUGUGUUAUCAAACAGGUUUCAUUGUAACAUAAAGUCUUAAAGUAGAUUUACAGUACAAUCAAUUAUAAAUAUAGAUAAUCUUAGUUAUCUCCCCUUAUAAAUCAAAUUGUUUAGAAUCUUUAUAAAUCAAAAUUUAUGUCUUCAGAACAAUAUUUUAUGAACUUAAGAAAAACUAUUAUUAAUAUCUUCUUUAAUAAAAAAAAAAAAAGGAUAUAAAUAAAAUUUAGUCUAUAUAAUUUCAGUAAAUUUCUAUACAAGUCAUAUGAGGUGCAAGAUGGUGAAGUGAAUUUGCCCCUUUGAGAUCUUGAAAAAGAUGUUUUUGCUGUGUAUUUUAAGAGAUUAAUUACCCCAUAUAAAAAAAUGAGCUUCCUUAUAUGCUAUUUUAGCUGAGUGUAGAUAUUUAGUAGUUGAUAUGACAUGUAUAACCUUUUAAAAAUUCCCAAAUCUCCUCAUCAAUAUGACAUGUAUAACCUUUAAAAAAUGCCCAAAUCUCCUCAUCAAUAUGACAUGUAUAACCUUUAAAAAAUGCCCAAAUCUCCUCAUCAAUAUGACAUGUAAUACCUUUUAAAAAGUGCCCAAAUCUUCUCAUCAAUAUGACAGUGCUAUCAGUUAUUGAAGUAUCUUUCUAUCAAUUCACACUUUAUUAAUAGUGUGCUGUGUAAAAUUUUGUAUGAUUGUGAUACAUGCUCUUGUAAUUGUUUUCCCAGUCAGAGUUUGUUCUUUGUUUUUUUUUCUUCAGGCUACAAUAAAUUAAUUAGCUUUUUAUUAGUGAUGUGAAGUUCAGCAACCAAUAAUCAAUUAAUCAAUUUUGUUAUCAUUGUAAAAAAUUGUCUUGUCUUGUUUUGUUUUCUUCCUCAGAUUUUCUUCUUUAUUGAAAAGAUAGGCUAAGAAAAUAUGUUGAAAAAGUCCUUCAGAGUUAAUUUAUCAUGUAAAACUAUUUCUUAAAAUAUUAAUACAAAAUUUUUAACUUUAUGGACCCCUGUCUAAGUGGUCUGUGCAGCUCUCCAAUCUUUACCUAUUAAGACAACAGCCCAUCAUCACCAUGACUUGAGUAUGAUUGUAGUUUAAUCUUUCUUUUGCUGUUCCAUUUUUCUUAAGUUCAAUUGAUGGUGGAAGGGAGCAGGACAAAAGGAUAUUUUUUUCCCAGCAGUCCCUUUUUUUGCCACCAAAAAGUUUGUCAGCUAAGUUACUCAUUAAUGUUUUAUUGAUGUUUCCCAGAUAUCCAUUUUCCUUUAUCAAUAAGAGUAUACAAAAUGGCAUAAAACCUUCAAAAGAAAAGAAAAAACACAUCCAAAGAUGAUUAAUUUAUUGUAGUUUAGUGGCUUGUUACUUAUAUCUUUUUUUCUGGUGCUAUUUUCUGAUGCCAAAAUACAUACGUAUAAAAGUUUUUAUAGGCUACUUGUGAUAAAAUCAAAAUGUUACAAUGUUAUUUAUAUAUAGUGCUUUUUUUCUUUGUUUAUAUAUUACUCCGUUUGUAUACUUAUACUUCAGUACUUGAUCAAACAGGUUUGACACAUGGUAAGUCUGUAGUAUGUAAUUUUACUUAAGUUUAUUUACAAAUGUUCGUAAGAAUUUAUUUAUCUGUAGGUGCAUGAUCUUCUGCAUGUUAUUCUUUUUAAGUGUAAUUUUGCAACUGUUCAUUGAAUUUUUUUUUGUAGUUGUAAAAAGGUGAAUUUAGCUGUAGCUAUUUUUGAUAAUGUUCAUUAAAUAUUUUUUGAAGUUAUAAAAAAAUUGAUGUUGUAGUUAUUCAUAGGAUUUUGAUAUCAGCUGUCUUUGAACAAGAGAAACUUGUACUCAUUUCCUGUAGAGCUAAUUUGAAGUAUUUUUUUUACAAUCGAUACUCUUAUCACCUAAGCAAUGGUACAUGGCACUUGUAUUGAUGUUUGAAAUUGUGUAUAGAUUUUAACUUUUUAGGUUUGCACCAUAUAAUAAUAUAAUACAUUCUGUAUGUAAAAAAACACUAGUUAUGUAUGGACCUCAUUAAGCCUUAAAAGGCAUACGAUCUGUGAAAAAAAGUGGUAUGGUUUUCAAAGAAGUGUCAAAUUUUUUCAUGUAACUCAGGAUAAUGAAUGUGUAAUUUUGUAUAAAUUCCAUUACAGCAGCCCUAAUUAUGGUACAGCCCAAACCUAACCAGCUACAGAAAUGUGUAAAUCAAUAUUGUUUUCGGGGAAUUUUUAAACUUGGAAGUUGAACUGUUGCAGUUCUCAAAUUUGUUAUCUAGAGAAUAUUUACUGUGUAUUGAAUUUGUUUAAAGAAUUCUAGUCAACUGAAAGGAUCUGUGUUAGAUAAGGGGAUAAUAUUUAUCCUCAUACUUUAAAUUAUAAAUACUGAAAUAAAAGCUGUAAGAAAAUUGGCUUUGCCAAAUAUUUUUUUGUGUGGGUGUAAGUCAUUUCUAACAUGCUUUGAAAAAUUAAAUUUUGAGAUUUUUAAAUUCAGUAUCCUUAAAUGCAAAUUUUAAAAAGAAUUUUUUUUAAAUUUAGGUUAAUAACCAUCCAUAUAGGAAGUUAGAAAAUAAAACAUUGAGGUGGAAUUUCAUUUGAAUUUGAUGAUUCAGACUCCAUCAAAUGAUGAAAUAUACCAAUAUGUUAAAACUGCACUAGUAAAGAGAUAUUUGUCAAUGUAAUUAAGCUUAUAUUAUGAAAUGAAGUGCCAGUAAUUUUAUACAUUGGUAAUUAUUGAUUGCAAUACAUCCAACACUUAUAAAUAAUUCAACCACCCAUGUUUAAUUUGAACAAGAUCUCAAUCUACUCAAAAUGAUUCAAUUCUAAAAUAAAUGUUUACUAGUUUUAAUAAGUGACAUUUGAUACAACUAUAACUAGCAGGAUAAAUCUUCACACUAAACAUCUCCAUUUAAUGUAAACAUUGGAUUUGUUUAUCGUCAUAAUUAUACAACCUAUCAUCUGUGAUGAAUUCCUUAUGUAUGGUAAUGGUUUAUAUUUUUUCAAUGAGUUCUUUCUAUACCAAACGAAAGUUGAAAAAGGGCUUGUAAUUAAUAGUUGCAAAGUCAGAUAUUUUAAGGGGUAUAGCAGCAACCUUAAUGUUUGUUUAGGUCUCAAGAGUUAAGACUAGCAGUUUCAUCAAUCAGAAAAAAAUUCUGUGCUCAUCUCUUUUUUGAUAAAAUAUAGAAACGAGAAUAAAUAAAGCUUUUUGUAUAACUUGUUCUGUAAAAAAGCAGGAAUUGUAAUUUUUUUAUUUUGAAAAUCUAACAGUAAAAUUUUGAAAUAUAAAUCAUUCCACAACUUGCAGAAAAUGUGAUAGUCAUUUGAAUUGUCAUUUUGAUGUCAAAAAUAUAUUUAGUAUUACAUAUUUCAUUAUACAUGUACAUUGUAUUUUAUAUGCCUUUAAUUAUUAUUUCUGGUCUUAACUUAUACAACGAACAAUAUUAAGUUUCUUUUCUAUGUUGUAACUGAAAUGUUAAAUUGUUGUUCUCAGGCUUAAGCAUGUGCUUUGUAUUAAUGGCUUCCUGCAAUGAAUCUCAAUAAUUUAUUAUGUCAGGUUCGAAAGAAUUUUUGCAGAUCAGUUUUUGUUUUUGAGAUUUUAUUUGUUUAUACUUCCACAAACAUUUAUGUAAUAAUUUUACCUUCAUGCAAUUAUAGAUUAUGAUGUAUCAAUUUUGAAUCAUGAAGGAUUUUGUUCUCUCUUAGAGUAUUUCUGAAAUUAUGACCCCCUAAAUGUAAGAAUAUUUUAAAAGUUUGAGACACAUACUACAUUAACUUCAUCAAAUUAUCAUGAAACUUUUACAUUGAAGAUGCACAUUAGUGUGAUGCCCCUUUGAAUUUAGAAUAUUUUUAUUAUCCGAACUGCUUUUGCUAUUAUGAUGAUAUAAAAUAAUACAAGAAAUCAUGUGUAAACAAUCCAAAAUCUGAAUGCCUUAAACAUGCAUGUUGUCUCAUUGGCAAUCGUAAUUCAUCUCCUUAUUUUUAUGAUGUUUCAACAUGCAACUUAGUAGGGACUGGUCUGUUGACAAAUCCAAGAGUUAUGCCCCUUUGUAAUUAUAAUUCCUCAGUAAACACAUUGUUGAUGCAUCUCUUUCUAAUUGCAUCAUCAGAUGUUCAUGAAACAUUUGAGCAGUGGGGUAUUUGUCGUGCUUUGUAGAUAAUUCUAGCUGGUUCAAAAAUUAUCAAAACUAUUUUUUUCUGAUAUAUUUCCAUUUUACUGACUUUACUUUUUUUGUAUUGUUGGGUUGCUAACUCAUUUAUGUAUACAUUAUAUCCUACAUUUAGUUGUUACUCUUUCUCAUAGGUAAGAAAAUCUCACUAGUUUAUCCAUUAUCAGAACACAUGAUUUUGUCUCACAUUGUUUAAUUAUGUUACUCUUGUAAGCAAUAAUUAAAUGCUAAGAAAGAUAAUUUUGAUAUAUAUAUAUAUUUAUGUAUAUUAUAUUGUUAUCAGAUAUACUUACAAUGACAUUAAAAUAUAUAAGAUUUA